UUUCCUCGGCAGCGGUGGGAGAGAGCACCAGGAGCUGCGCGAUCGCUGGGGCCACCUGAGACCGCGACCGCGACCGCGGCAGCAGCACUGGCAGAGCAAGGGCGCGGCGGACUUCACUCGCACAGUAGCGCACUAGGUUCCCCGCGCAGGGUCGCGAUGCUGCCCGGUUUGGCACUGGCCCUGCUGGCCGCCUGGACCGUUCAGGCUCUGGAGGUGCCCACUGAUGGCAAUGCUGGCCUGCUUGCAGAACCCCAGGUGGCCAUGUUUUGUGGCAAACUGAACAUGCACAUGAAUGUGCAGAAUGGGAAGUGGGAGCCAGAUCCAUCGGGGACCAAAACGUGCAUUGGCACCAAGGAGGGCAUACUGCAGUACUGCCAGGAGGUGUACCCGGAACUGCAGAUCACCAACGUGGUGGAAGCCAACCAGCCAGUGACCAUCCAGAACUGGUGCAAGAGGGGCCGCAAGCAGUGCAAGACCCACGGCCACAUGGUGAUUCCCUACCGCUGCUUAGUUGGCGAGUUUGUGAGUGACGCCCUCCUCGUUCCCGACAAGUGCAAAUUCCUGCACCAGGAGAGGAUGGACAUCUGCGAAACCCACCUUCACUGGCACACCGUCGCCAAAGAGACCUGUAGUGAGAAGAGCACCAACUUGCAUGACUACGGCAUGCUGCUGCCCUGUGGCAUCGACAAGUUCCGAGGGGUGGAGUUCGUAUGUUGCCCGCUGGCCGAGGAAAGUGACAGUGUCGACUCAGCAGACGCCGAGGAGGAUGACUCGGAUGUCUGGUGGGGUGGAGCCGACACAGACUACGCGGAUGGCAGUGAAGACAAAGUCGUGGAAGUAACGGAGGAGGAGGAAGUGGCUGAGGUCGAGGAAGAAGAUGCCGAGGAUGACGAGGACGACGAGGACGGUGAAGAGGCCGAGGAAGAUGCCGAGGAACCCUAUGAAGAGACCACGGAGAGAACCACCAGCAUCGCCACGACCACCACCACCACCACGGAGUCCGUGGAAGAGGUGGUCCGAGAGGUGUGCUCUGAACAAGCCGAGACGGGGCCAUGCCGAGCAAUGAUCUCCCGCUGGUACUUUGAUGUGACCGAAGGGAAGUGCGCCCCGUUCUUUUACGGCGGAUGUGGCGGCAACAGAAACAACUUUGACACAGAGGAGUACUGCAUGGCCGUGUGUGGCAGCGUCAUGUCCCAAAGUUUACUCAAGACUACCCUGGAGCUUCUUCCCCAAGAUGCUGUUAAACUUCCUACAACAGCAGCCAGCACCCCUGACGCCGUUGACAAGUACCUGGAGACCCCUGGCGAUGAGAAUGAACACGCCCACUUCCAGAAAGCCAAAGAGAGGUUGGAGGCCAAGCACCGCGAGAGAAUGUCCCAGGUCAUGAGAGAGUGGGAAGAGGCUGAACGUCAAGCAAAGAACUUGCCCAAAGCGGAUAAGAAAGCAGUUAUCCAGCAUUUCCAGGAGAAAGUGGAGUCUCUGGAGCAGGAAGCAGCCAACGAGAGGCAGCAGCUGGUGGAGACUCACAUGGCCCGCGUGGAGGCCAUGCUCAACGACCGCCGCCGCCUGGCCCUGGAGAACUACAUCACCGCCCUGCAGGCCGUUCCCCCGCGGCCUCGUCAUGUGUUCAAUAUGCUGAAGAAGUAUGUCCGUGCCGAACAGAAAGACAGACAGCACACCCUGAAGCACUUCGAACACGUGCGCAUGGUGGACCCAAAGAAAGCUGCUCAGAUCCGGUCCCAGGUGAUGACACACCUCCGUGUGAUUUACGAGCGCAUGAACCAGUCUCUCUCCCUGCUCUACAAUGUCCCUGCGGUGGCUGAGGAGAUUCAGGAUGAAGUUGAUGAGCUGCUGCAGAAAGAGCAGAACUACUCGGAUGAUGUCUUGGCCAACAUGAUCAGUGAACCGAGAAUCAGUUAUGGAAAUGAUGCUCUCAUGCCAUCUUUGACCGAAACCAAAACCACCGUGGAGCUUCUCCCCGUGAAUGAAGAGUUCAGCCUGGACGAUCUCCAGCCCUGGCAUCCCUUUGCGGUUGACUCUGUGCCCGCCAACACAGAGAACGAAGUCGAGCCCGUGGACGCCCGCCCUGCCGCCGACCGAGGACUGACCACUCGACCAGGUUCGGGGCUGACGAAUAUCAAGACGGAAGAGAUCUCGGAAGUGAAGAUGGACGCGGAGUUCCGGCACGACUCGGGAUACGAGGUUCAUCAUCAAAAACUGGUGUUCUUUGCAGAGGAUGUGGGUUCAAACAAAGGUGCCAUCAUUGGACUCAUGGUGGGCGGUGUUGUCAUAGCAACAGUGAUUGUCAUCACCUUGGUGAUGCUGAAGAAGAAACAGUACACGUCCAUCCAUCAUGGUGUGGUGGAGGUUGACGCCGCUGUGACCCCAGAGGAGCGCCACCUCUCCAAGAUGCAGCAGAACGGCUACGAAAACCCAACCUACAAGUUCUUCGAGCAGAUGCAGAACUAGACCAACCGCCACAGCAGCCUCCGAAGUUGGACAGCAGAACCAUUGCUUCACGACCCAUCGGUGUUCAUUUAUAGAAUAUUGUGGAAAGAAACCAGCCUUUCUGUUUUAUUACUCGCUCAUUACCGCCUUUCGACAGCUGUGCUGUAACACAAGUAGAUGCCUGAACUUGAAUUUAACACACAAAUCAGCAAUGUAUUCUCUCCCUUUACAUUUUGGUCUCCACACUACAUCAUUAAUGGUUUUUGUGUACUGUAAAGAACUUAGCUGUUAUCAGACUAGUGCAUGAUUAGAUUUCUCUCCUGAUUAUUUAUCACGUAGCCCCUUAGCCGGUUGUAUAUUAUUCUUGUGGUUUGUGACCCAGUUAAGUCCUACUUGAAAUAUGCUUUAAGAAUCGAUGGGGGACGCUUCGUGUGGACGUGGGAGUUUAGCUGCUUCUCUUGCCUAAGUAUUCUUUUCCUGAUCACUAUGCAUUCUAGAGUUCAACACUUCCGAGUAUUCCACGUGACUUAGAGGACUUUCUCCGUGACUGCGUUUUCCUGUACAGAUUGCUGCUUCUGCUCUCUUUGUGACAUGGGAACUAUGAGGAUACACAUUUAUUUCUUUGUGCCUGUUUUAUGUGCACACAUUAGGCAUUCAGAAUUGAAAUUUUUUUGGUCCAUGUAUCUUUGGAUCUUUGAUAAAUAAAAGAAUCCCUGUUCCUUGUAAGCACUUUUAUCGGUGGGGGGAGGGGGUGGGGGGGGGACUGUUCUGCUGGUCUCAAAUUACCAAGAAUUCUCCCUAAAAAAAAAUUUCUGCAGGAUGAUUGUACAGUCAUUGCUUAUGACCAUAUAGCUUUCUACACUGUAUUACAUAAAUAAAUUAAAUAAAAUAACCCUGGGCAAGAGUUUUCUUUGAAGAAUGAGGGUGGACGUGAAGUAUUCAGAGGGAUUUCAGGGGGAGAAAGAGGCAGGUUUAGUGCCCUUUAGCCAGUCUGAGACAUUUUCUCUGCGAUGCCAAAAAAAAUGAAAGGGAAAGGGCGAAAUCAGGGAAUGGGGACAGCAUGCCUGGGCAAACCCUUCUUUAAGAUUUGUCUUCUUCAAUUUGUAUAAAAUGGUGUUUUCAUGUAAAUAAAAACAUUCCUGGAGGA